AUAUUAAGCAGCUCAAAAUAUAUAUCGUUUAUUGGCAGAGGGAACUAUUUCAACUGUUAAGUUGGCCUUGGCGCUUCAUUCGUCAGCUCUACGGCAGUGCUUAAAUUACUACAUAUGCAAAGAUGAGCGACCCCGACACACAACCUGACCCAGAGCCGCUUGUGUGCAGUCCGCAAGAGCAACAGCAUCAGCAGCUGCUGCGGCAGCACAACGAGCUGAAGCUUGAGCAAUCAUCACUUAAGCGAAAGCUGAACACCACCAGACUUCAUAUCUCUACGUUGAGCAUUGAGAACGAGUACUUGGAGCAGCAAAUUGAAAAAAAGGCCCAAGAAAAUCAGCGAAACGAAUGCUUCAAUCGGAACAUCAAACAGGAACUCAUCAACUCCACCAACUUGGCGAUCAAUGCGCAAACACGCCUCACAUUUCCGCACAAGCUUUUAGUGCAGAUAUUCGUGCCCUUCGCAGAAGAUCAGUCCUUGAUGGAGCACUGUGUGCACAUCGACGCGGAGAUGGCCAAAGCCAUGCACACGCUACGCAUGCAGGCCUACCAAGCACAAGAGCUAAAGCUGAGAGACGUUAUAAGUAAAAAACAGGCAGAUCUGCGCUCAAAGCUGGUCGCUAAAUAUGAGGCGAAGUUGGACAAAUGUGAGCAGUCUCGAAAGUGGAAGUCUUCACUGAUCAGACAGAGAUGCUUCGAUUUGUUCCAGAAUUUCAUGCACGAACAUUGCGCAGACCAUGAAUCUACAUCAGCGUAUUUGGCUGAGCUGAAGGCCGUAUACGAGCAGGCGACACACCAUUUUUAAUUUCCAUUUCCACCAUUCCAAAAGCAUUUUCAGAUCAUCUAUA